AUGGGUUUAUUCGGCGGCAAUAACAAAAACACCGACGAGAACGCGCCGCCGAGCGGGAGCAAGCCUCCGCACGGUCGGAGACUCUCUCAAUCCAUGAUCAACACGGAGACUGGGAAGUUCAUGUCCAAACUCAUCAACGAAUCGAGUUAUUUGUCUGGGACUGGGGAAACGAAUACGUUCGAUACCGCGGAAGCUGUCGCGGAAUCCGACGAGCUCAUGAGAGAAAUGUUCUUUUCCAUAGUGAAGGAAACCGCCGGGGAGGAAAUGUUGAAUAAAAUAAUGGACGUGUAUAAGAUUUCGGAAACAUUUAGCGAGUCACACUCCUCGGGGGACUUUGACAAGUUGAAAAACACCUUGGACGCGUUGAAGUUGGACGAAACGUUGAUGUUAUCCUCGGCGUAUUCGAACUUGUUAAACUUGCACAACAUCUCUGAACACGUAGCGACGAGUAUGGAGGAGAGACACGCGCGAUUGGACGAUAUUCCGAGAGGUCCGGCAAAGACGACCAACGGCGCGAUUAAAGGUAUGGUGGCCAGCGGCAUGGAUCCGAACGCGAUUUACGACGCGUUAUGUAACCAACACGUCGAUUUGGUGUUAACCGCACACCCGACGCAAGCGCUGAGACAAUCUUUGUUGAAGAACUACGGCAAGAUCCGUAAUAAUUUGAUCAAUUUGCAACGUUUUCGUCUCUCACGAUUUGAACGCGAAGAGAUUUUGGAGUCCAUUCGGUGCUGCAUUCAUUCGGCAUGGAGAACGGACGAAAUUCGCCGUUCGCCGCCGACGCCACAGGAUGAAAUGCGAAGAGGUUUGACGUAUUUUACGAAUACAAUCUUUGCCGGGGUGCCGCGGUUUAUGAGACGGGUGGAUACUUCGUUAUUGAACCACGGUUUGAACAGACUUCCUUUGGAACGCUCGAUCAUUACGUUUGGCUCUUGGAUGGGUGGCGAUCGCGACGGAAACCCGUACGUGACGGCCACGUGCACGAGAGAUUCCGUCUACCUCGCCAGGUUACAAGCGACGACGUUAUAUUUCAAAGCUAUCGAACAACUCAUAUUCGAUCUUGCCAUGUGGCGGUGCUCGGCAUCUUUUCGAAAAGUUGUCGACGAUAUAGUCGCCAACAGACCACACGAAGAAGACUCGGUCGUGUUUGAAAUCCGCAGAGGACGUAACUACACGGACUUUUGGAAAACCAUUCCGGAAAACGAACCGUACAGAGUUCUCUUGGGCGAGUUAAGAGACAAAUUGUACGAGACGAUGGAACAAUUACAAAAAGUUGUCGCUGAUCCGUCCAUCGAGUUGGAUUUGGACGAUGGUUCCGAUCGUUUCAUUCGCUGUAAAGAAGAUUUAUCUGGCCCGUUGAUGCAUUGCUACGAGUCUUUGAUGGAAUGCGGCGACGAACAAGUCGCCAAUGGCUAUUUGCUCGACGUUAUUCGUCAAGUGCAAUGCUUCGGUCUGAAUCUCGUCAAGCUCGAUAUCCGACAAGAAUCCGAUCGUCACGCUGACGCCGUGGAUGCAAUCACCACGCACUUGGGCAUGGGUUCGUACAAGGAAUGGAGCGAAGAGAAGAAAAUUGAGUUUUUGAAGAGCGAAAUUGAAGGUAAACGUCCGUUGAUCCCGCACCAGUUGGAGUGUUCGGACGAAGUUCGCGAGGUUCUCGACACGUUCAAAAUGGUUGCGCACAUUCAAAAGAAGGUUCCAGGGAGUUUAGGAACGUAUGUCAUUUCCAUGGCGACGAGUGCUUCGGACGUUUUGGCGGUGGUUUUGUUACAAAGAGAGUGUGGCGGAACUUUAGAAACGUCGCUGAGAGUCGCGCCUUUGUUUGAACGUUUGGACGAUUUGAACGAUGCGCCGAGAGUUUUGAGACAACUCUUCUCCGUCGAGUGCUACAUGAAAACGUUAAGAAAUAACGAACAAGAAGUUAUGAUUGGGUAUUCGGAUUCUGGUAAAGAUGCUGGACGUCUUGCCGCGGCGUGGGGUUUGUAUGAAGGUCAAGAGAAAGCGGGUGAGGUUGCCAAGGAAUUUGGCGUGCACUUGACCUUGUUUCACGGCAGAGGCGGUACAGUUGGCAGAGGCGGUGGUCCGGCGCACAUUGCUAUCAUGUCGCAACCGGGAGGAACGGUGAAUGGAUCUAUUCGCGUUACCAUUCAAGGCGAAGUUAUUGAACAAGAUUUCGGGGAGAGAGAAAACUGCUUUCACACUUUGGAUUUAUACACCGCCGCGGUUCUCGAACACACUUUGAAACCGCCGGAAGGUCCAAAACCAGAAUGGAGAGUCGUGAUGAAAAAAAUGAGCGAAGCUUCGUGCAAAAGGUACCGAUCGGUUGUGUUUGAAAACCCUGAUUUCGUUCCGUACUUCGCGCAAAGCACGCCGAGCACAGAAUUGGGAAGUUUGAACAUCGGUUCGCGUCCGAGUAAGCGGAAACCGAACGCUGGCGUUACGGCCUUGCGAGCGAUUCCUUGGAUCUUUGCCUGGACGCAAAGCCGCUUUCAACUUCCAGUUUGGUUGGGUAUGUCUGCCGCAUUCGCUGAGAUCAAAGCGCAGGAAGGCGAACUGAGCACACUGAGAGAAAUGCACAAGAAGUGGCCAUUUUUUAAAGUGACGAUGGAUUUAGUCGAGAUGGUUUUAGCCAAAGCUGAUUUGAACGUCGUCGAGUAUUAUGAGAAGACGUUGGUAGAUGAACGCUUGAGAAAUGGGUUAGGCAAAGAGUUGAGGAACGAGUUGAUGACGACCAUCGACCACGUUUUGGAAAUUGCGGACCGAAGAGAGUUGUUGGUGAACCCAGAGUCGAAGAUUGAAGUCGACGGCCAACAGUGUCCGGCGCAACAUCAGCAGUUGAAGAAUAAGUUACAAAUGCGUUCGAUCUACAUCACGCCUUUGAAUGUGAUUCAAAGCGCUUACUUGAAGAAACAGCGCGAAAUCGAAGAGAUGGAAGCCAGCAACGACAGUUCUUUCGACGAGUUGAAGUACGAUCCAUCGUUGCCGUGGGCGCAAGAUAUGAUGAAGCUGCAUCCGAGUGCAAACGCAUUCAAAUCGGCGGUGAACGAUACGCUCAUCAUCACUAUCAAAGGUAUCGCGAGUGGCUUGCAAAACACCGGUUAA